CAUUGUUCGACUGUCUCCGUCAACUGUGUGCUAUUUUACGUUUAAAUUUCCAGGGUUAUCUUUGAGGCAGGAAGAUGACCGAAAGCAACCCUCUUCUCGAUAAAUACAUGAGCCUCGAUCAAGGUGAGCGAGUCCAAGUUCUGUACGUGUGGAUCGACGGCACCGGCGAAAAUCUUCGAUGUAAAACCAAGACCGUAGAAAAUGAACCGGUCACUCCUGAAGACCUUCCAAUCUGGAACUUUGACGGCUCGAGCACUUAUCAAGCCGAAGGCUGUAACAGCGAUGUAUAUCUACAUCCACGUGCAUUAUUCAGAGAUCCUUUCAGACGGGGAAAGAAUAAAAUUGCACUCUGCGAUACGUACAACUUCGAUCACAAACCUGGCGUGUCCAACAACAGAUUACCUUGUAUAAAUGCAAUGAAUCAUGCAGAUGUCAAGGCAGCCAUCCCAUGGUUUGGUAUUGAACAAGAAUACACUCUGUUAGACAAGGAUGGACACCCUCUAGGCUGGCCCAAGGGAGGUUUUCCAGGACCACAAGGACCCUACUAUUGUGCUGUUGGCACAGGAAAGGUUUUUGGCCGAGAAGUUGUAGAAGCUCACUACCGAGCUUGUUUGUAUGCUGGUGUUAAGAUUGCUGGAACUAAUGCUGAAGUCAUGCCAGCACAGUGGGAAUAUCAAGUGGGUCCAUGUGAAGGAAUCAGCAUGGGUGAUCAGCUCUGGGUAUCAAGAUAUCUUCUUCAUCGUGUGGCUGAAGAUUUUGGUUACAAAGUAUCCUUUGACCCUAAACCCAUGCCAGGGGACUGGAAUGGAGCUGGUGCACACACUAACUACAGUACACUUGCCAUGAGAGAAGAAGGUGGAAUAAGUGCAAUCUACGAGGCCAUUGAAAAGCUCUCCUUGCUCCAUGACUAUCACAUCAGUAUGUAUGAUCCAAAGGGGGGAGAGGACAAUAAACGUCGUUUGACAGGUCGCCAUGAGACAGCUAGUAUUGAGCACUUCUCUCACGGUGUGGCUAACCGUGGAGCUAGCGUAAGAAUUCCCCGUCAGUGUGCUGAGGAUGGCUAUGGAUACCUGGAGGACAGGCGCCCUGCCUCCAACUGUGAUCCAUACAGAGUAACAGAGGCCAUCGUGAGAACAACUAUCUUGGGCCACAAAAAGGAGUAAUAGCUUAAUAGCAUGUAAUGUAGUUAUCAUUUAAUAAACUUGGAAAGCUGGAAUGCUUAAUUUGGGUUAUCUUCCUCAGUUAAACAAGAGACAGCAAGGGCUCUCCAGACAAAAAUCGCAACUCUUUAAGUUAAAAAAUUUUCUUUUUUGUGUUUGUGUAGGAAAAAGAUCUAAUACCUAAAUUGUCAAGAUUCUAAUAAUAUAAUUGUACAUUGCCGCUCUAUGUAGGAGACACUGGAAAAAUACUCCAAUACCUGUAGCAUUUACUUAAAAGCCACUAAGUAUUUUUGAUUAAACAAUGUAAUAAUGUAAUUUCAUUAGUUUUCAUGAAUGGGUUAUUAAAGUACUUGCUGGUAUCUGA